CAGAAGGUGUCAAAGCAAACCUGCCAUAUAUCUCCCGGGAGAGGCUGUGCUUUCAGAAGGAGCCCCAACCAAGAUACUGCACCGAGCGGUAUAACCAGGACAAACAUUAACAUGGCCAGCAUGGCUAUUCAGUUACUGGGCUUCUUCCUGAGUCUUCUCGGUCUUGCUGGGACAAUAACUGCGACCAUCCUGCCUCACUGGUGGAGAACGGCCCACGUGGGGACCAACAUCAUCACGGCUGUAGCGUACAUGAAGGGUCUCUGGAUGGAAUGCGUUUGGCACAGCACUGGCAUCUAUCAGUGCCAGCUUCACCACUCUCCGCUGGCUUUGCCUCGUGACCUCCAAGCAGCCCGUGCCAUGAUGGUGAUUUCCUGUGUUCUUUCCACCUUGGCCUGCGUGGUUGCUGUUUUUGGCAUGGAGUGCACCCAGUGCGUCAAAGGGUCCUCUGCCAAAAACGUGUUUGCUGUCUUGGGCGGAGUCCUCUUCAUACUGGCGGGGCUCGUGUGCCUCGUCCCUGUUUCUUGGUCAACCAAUGAUGUGGUAACUGAUUUCUACAACCCAAUGCUGCCCCAUGGGAUGAAGUAUGAGAUCGGGCAAGCCCUUUACCUUGGCUUUGUUUGUGCUUCGUUGAGUAUCAUUGGUGGAACCAUCCUCUGCGUUUCAUGUCAACGUACUGGGAACGAUUUGACCUACCGCUCGCAGCCGAGGAGUACAAGGGCAGCUCCAGCCUACAGACCCCCAGUGGCCUACAAGGCAAACCACACCUCAUCACUAACUUCUGCUUCUCACAGUGGUUACAGGUUAAAUGACUAUGUAGCCAUUGGAAAAAUUGGUGCCUGAUCAUUUACUGCAAUAUUGUCCUGUGAUUUGAUUCCAUAGAUGCUGCCACACUACUGGGCAUAAGGCUGCUUGAUGUUAGUAUGAAAGCACAGGUGAUGGUUGGUGGUGAGACCCAGACAGGGAACUUCCUUCCAGGCAGGACAAAGAAUUGCUAACAUGUGAUCUAUCAGUUUCGGUUUCUCUUGCUUUCUAAUAUGUCGAGUCUUCAGUUUGGUUCUCUACAUUUCCACAAGUAGAUAAAUAGGGACCGCUUACCAGCGGGAAGGUAA